CAAGGUUUAGAAAAACGCUGAGUACAUGAACGUGACACGAGACUGUAAAAACAGCCAAGCAGAAGCAGAAACCUUGACUAACAUCAUGUCUGCCAUGAUGGAGAGAUUCACAGCAGUAAUAUUUGUCCUUCUGGUUUCAUAUAUCUGCAGGACAUUAGGACAGACAUGUGAAGGAAACUGUGGGAAAAAAUUAGACUCUUGUUCAUGCCACUCGACAUGCACAUCUCUGAAGAACUGCUGUCCAGACUAUAAAGAGUACUGCGUGGAAAUAUUUCCAUAUUCUGGGUCCAUUUUGGGUGGGGUUGAUUUUAUUGUCCUUGAUGCUGAUUUUAACAAGAGUUCCCAGAUAGUAUGCAGGUUCAACGGUAAUAUUGACACUUUGGGAUACGUGGAUGAAAACAGCAGAGGCCAUUGUAUCUCCCCACUUUUGUAUGAGACGGGAUGGAUUCCUCUGCAGAUCUCCUCAGAUAAUGGCACCACAUUCAACAGAGUUGGAGCCUGGCUCUCAGUACACACUGGCAAGUUAGAUUCUCGGUUUAAGGCAACACUGGUCAACUCAACAAAAUGGCAAUACUAUGGCACACCUAAUGUUGGAGGCACUCUUGAGAUGACAUGGGACACCUCUUUGGUCAGAGCGGAGAGGGUCAGUAUAGAGCUCUGGGGGUACAGAGAAACAGGAGAGCCCUAUGGAGACAACUGGCUGGGUGAGUGGGUCUAUCUGUACACACUAGCAAAGGAUCACCCCAACAAUGGCUCCUUUAGCUUUUUACCCAAACCAGCAGAAAACGGGUUUUCAAGUUGGGAGCUUGGCUCUGUACGUGUCAGCUCCAGCGAGUACCCUGAUGGCAUGUGGAAUGUGCAAGCAGCCUGGACUGAAGAUCACGCUCUAGCCUGGCAUCUGGAGGAGAAGUUCAGGCAGGACUCGACUCAGUGGGCUCUGGACAAAUGUUUAGCAUGGGACAAGCUGGAAAAUGAGCUGCCCAACUUCAUCAGUGAGAUCAUAGACUGCCCCUGUACUCUGGCUCAAGCAAGGGCAGACACUGGGAGGUUUCAUACUGAUUAUGGCUGUGAUAUAGAGAAAGGGAGUGUGUGCACCUACCACCCUGGGAGUGUUCACUGUGUGAGGGCAAUACAAGCCAGUCCCAAGUAUGCGGCAGGACAACAGUGUUGCUAUGACAGCACCGGCGCUCAGGUCCUGACAGCAGAUUCAAUUGGGGGUAGUACUCCGGACCGAGCACACGACUGGGGCUCACCUCCAUUCAAGAAACCCCCUCGUAUUCCUGGACAGUCCCACUGGGUCUAUGAUGUCAUCAGCUUCUACUACUGCUGCCUGUGGUCUGACAACUGCCACUACUACUUCAAACACCGGCCCUCCAGUGACUGCAGGCGCUACCAGCCGCCCAACUCAGCUGUGGUGUUUGGAGAUCCCCACUUCAUAACAUUUGAUGGUGUCAGCUACUCCUUCAAUGGCCAUGGGGAAUACACUUUGGUGAGCUCACCAGAGAAACAGCUGACAAUCCAGGGCAGAACAGAGCCUGUUAAUGCGACCAUAAAAGCAACCAAACUGACAUCUGUGGCGAUGCAAGAAAAAGACUCUGAUGUUAUUGAGGUGCGGCUGCUCAGCGGUCACAGCGGCCUUGAAGUGCUGCAGAAUCAAAAAACUCUCUCGUUUACUGAGCAGAGCUGGAUGGACCUGCAUGGUGUGUUUGUGUUUUCUCCCACCUCUACAAAUGCAACCGUGAUGUUCCCCAGUGGAGCCGGGGUGGAAGUGCGACUGAGAGCGGGAACCAUGACAACCACAGUGCUGCUGCCAGAGGAGUUCAGAGGCUCCACUCUCGGACUGCUGGGAAAGAUGAACGGUGACGCCAAAGAUGACCUUGUUUUCAGCGACGGUCAACUUGUGCGUAACCACAGCAAUGCAGAGGAGCUGUUCAACUUUGGGGCAAGCUGGGCUGUCCACAAUGAGUCUGCCUUGUUCACAUAUGACUCAGAACAUCUUUUGGACACGUAUUUAUAUGCUUCCAGACAUGAUGCUAGUUUUAUUCCAGUGUUUUCUGUCCCUGAGAGGCCAGAUGAUCCGUUAGCCAGUGAGGCAUCUGAGAUCUGCACAGGAGAGGGCUCUCUGUUCUGUAGGUAUGAUAUCCUGGUAGGCCGUAGUCCAGGAAUGGGAAAUGCUACCAGAACAUCUUUCCAGAGUCACAUUUCUCUUGUGGAGGAUUUAAAGCCAGUGAUAUCCUGUGGAUGGCUUUCACCACCAACUAAUGGAAAGAAGGAAGGAACCACAUAUUUACAAGGAGCUAAAGUGCGGCUAUCCUGCGACGACGGCUACACUCUCAAAGGAUCGGAGGAGCGCGUAUGCCAGGAGAAUGGCCAGUGGUCUGGAGAAGACACGAGCUGCGUGACUACCAGCAAUGUUGCAGGAAUUGUGGCCGGUUCGGUCAUUGGGGCUGUUGCACUGAUUGUAAUUAUUACAACAAUCGUGCUCCACUCCAGAAAACAGAGAAGAAAAGCUGCCAAGUCAGAAGAGGGUGAAGCAGUAAACGUCUUCUAAACAGAGUUCUCAGAAUACAGAUAUUUCAUUGUAAACCUUGUAAACCACAGCAAUGAUCCUUCAUAAUGUUGCAAAGGUCCUUGCACAGUUAAAGAGUAACUACACACUUCUUUCUUUCAUGACAGAAAAGUAUUAUUGGAUUGAUUUCUAUAGGUUUAAAUUUUAAUCUGUCUUGCACUUUUGAUAACACCCACCAUCACUGCACAUCACCCCGGGACAAAGACUAAACCUCUCCAUAAUGGGAAAACGCCUUACAGUGAGUCAUAAAGUUGGAUGAUCUAUGUAAAAGUGAUUGGCCUGUAUCAAUAACGUACCAUAAGUCAGGUCAGUAAGUUC